CCGCCUGACCGCGGCCAGCGGGGCGGUGCUAAGAUGGCGGCGGCGCUGCUGGCGCGGCUGUGCCGGGGCACCGCGGGCCUGCGGGGCACCGCGGGGCUCCGCGCCGCCCGCCCGGCCCUCGCCGCCGCCCCGCCGCCUCUCCGCCGCCCCGCCGCGCCCCUGGGGCCGCGCAGCUUCUCGGCGGCCGAGCUGGUGCGCGCCGCGCCGGCCCCGCUGCAGCCCUACCUGCGGCUCAUGCGGCUGCACCAGCCCGCCGGGACGUGGCUGCUGUACCUGCCGUGCACAUGGAGCAUCGGGCUGGCGGCCGCGCCCGGCUGCCUCCCGGACUGGCGCAUGCUGUCGCUGUUCGGCGUGGGAGCCGUGCUCAUGCGGGGGGCCGGCUGCACCAUCAAUGACAUGUGGGACCGCGACUAUGACAGACAGGUUGCAAGAACAGCAAGCAGACCUCUGGCAGCUGGAGAUAUUUCCACUUUCCAGUCCUUGGUUUUUCUGGGAGGACAGCUCAGCCUGGCGCUCUGUGUGCUUCUGUGCCUGAAUUACUACAGUAUCAUUCUGGGAGCAGCCUCUUUAUCCCUUGUGAUCACCUACCCUCUGAUGAAGAGAAUAACAUACUGGCCACAGCUGGUUUUGGGACUUACAUUUAAUUGGGGAGCCCUUCUUGGCUGGUCAGCCAUCAGAGGGUCGUGUGAGUGGUCUGUGUGCUUGCCCUUGUACUUUGCUGGAGUCAUGUGGACACUGGUGUACGACACCAUUUAUGCACAUCAGGAUAAGAGGGACGACAUCAUGAUCGGCGUGAAGUCGACGGCGCUGCAGUUCAAGGAGGACACCAAGCAGUGGCUCAGUGGCUUCAGCCUGGCCAUGCUCAUGGGUUUGUGCGUGGCAGGGCUGAAUUGCAACCAGACCUUCCCAUAUUACUCAGCUGUGGCUGCCGUGGGGGCUCACCUGGCACACCAGAUUUACACUUUGGACAUCGACAAGCCUGAAGACUGUUGGAAAAAAUUUGCUUCAAAUCGUACUGUAGGAAUUCUGCUCUUCAUAGGGAUUGUGCUUGGAAAUCUGUGGAAACAAAAGGACUUAAAAAAUGUAGAAGAGCCUUCAGAGAACAGAUAGUUGAAAUCAGUAUACUGAUAUUUUACUCUAACUGAAGUGUAAGUAUUGUAAGAAGGAAAACACUUUUAAUAUAAAUGUAGCUGCUUUAUAUUGUUUAUUUAUAGAAGCUGGUGGAAACAUUCUUGUUUCUGAAAUCAUGUAAUUGAGAUAAUUCUGCAAUGGAAGUUUUGGUUAUCUGGGAAGAACUUCAAUCUGCAUAGAAGCUCCAAAAAAGUGAAGCUGCUCUGCUGGUCCUGUGUAGGAGAAGCAAACUUCUGUCAAGCUCUGGAGAUUGUGAACCCAACAUUUUUUAUGAAGCAGGUUCUCUUAGUGACAGCAUGGGUAAAAAUGCAAAAUAAUUUUUGGAUGUAAAUAAAAUCUAGCUGUACAUGUU